UUAUAUUUAAAAUUGUUUUUAAUUAUAUUUAAUUUGAAAUUAAAUUUACUCAUAUCAAUUACUGUGAAUUGAUAUGAUUGUUUAGUAUAAAAGUUAUUAAAACACAAUUUUUUUUACUAGGUUUAUUUACCUUGAUUUAACUGAUAAAUUUUGAAAAUUCUAAUUUCAAGAUAUUAGUUUGGAUAUGGAAUCAUUACAAGUAGAAACUCUAUCAUCAAGGUUAAAAAUUAACCAACCUAAACUAGAAGUAAUUCAACUUAAAUCUAAAAAACGCUCAAAAAAAAAUCUUAAAAAUCAUGAUGUUAAUACUUUUGACGAACCUCAGACAAAAAAUGAUCAAUUUAAUAUAAAAAAAUUACAACAUGAAGUAAUUAAAUUUACUAAUCGCUUUAGUGCAAACAACUGUAAGGCUAAAGAACAGUUAGCUAUUAAAUUAGGAGCAAAACCUAGACGAAAAGAAUGCUUAAACUACAAACUUUUAAAGAAUAAAUUAAAACAAGACUUAGAAAUCAAGAAAAAUCAAGAAAAGCUUAUUAAAUUACCUAAGACUAUGAUAAGAACUUCCAAAACUAAUAAAAAAUUAACGACUAAAAAGAAUAAAACUUCUUUAGAUAUAAUAAAAAAUUAUGGAUCAAUUAAAAAAAGUAAAAAAUAAAAUACAUACUUUGUAUGACUUAUUUUAUUUUAACUAUAUUCAAUUAUAAAACAUAAUUUUAAAAGUAUAUAUUAUUUAUAUAACUAAUUUUAUUGUAAUAAAAAUUGAUUAUAACAGAAAUUAUAAUUUUUAAAAACAACUUAUUUCCUAAAAAAUAAUUGAGAGAUCCUUUUAUUAAUUCACAUAAAAAAAAACAAA